AUAAAUGCGCGCUAAAAUCGAAUAAUCGCAUAUAGGGAGUGGCAGUGAUUUCUUAGAGAGAGAAGAAGACGGUAGUUGCAGUCCAGAGUCCUAGAGAGAGAGAGUAACGAAAUGGCCGAAGUUGAAGAGCGCGAAGAAAUGGUCGAGGUUGAGGAGCUUAGUGAUAUCAAGUCCGAGCCUUUGGACAUCAAAUCGCUUCUCAGCGGUGAGGGAAGAGAUUUUCUCGUGAGGAACAAUGGCGAUCAGGUGAAGAUCGACAAUUUGGAAGGAAAGCUUGUGGGUCUUUAUUUCUCAGCUUCUUGGUGUGGUCCUUGUAGGAGGUUUACACCAAAAUUGAUUAAAACAUAUGAUCAACUCUCCACCAAUGGUGAUUUUGAGGUUGUAUUUGUGUCUGGGGAUUCAGAUGAGAAGUCAUUUGAAGAUUAUUUCCAUAAAAUGCCAUGGCUUGCCAUUCCUUUUUCUGAUUCCACGGUUAGAAGCAAACUUGAUGAGGGUUUUGAAGUUUAUGGGAUUCCCCACCUUGUUAUUGUUGGGAAAGAUAGUAAAAUUUUGACAUCAGAAGGUGUUGGUACUGUGUCCGAGUAUGGGGUUGAUGGGUACCCAUUCACUAAUGAGAGGCUUGAAGAGCUCAAGGAGCAAGAUGAGGAGAUACGCCAAAACCAAAACUUGAGAACCCUCCUUGUGACUGAUAGAAGAGACUUUGUUAUAUCUAACGAUGGCAGACAGAUUCCAAUAUCAGAGCUGGAAGGGAAGACAAUUGGCCUAUACUUCGCAGUCUCUGGUCAUCCAUUCUGUGAAAAAUUCACACCCGAGCUCAUCGAAGUGUACAAGAAGCUAAAAGAGAAGGGUGAGAGUUUCGAGAUUGUGUUAGUUUCCUCUGAUGAAAAUAUCAAAGACUUCAACGAACAUUUCUCGAGCAUGCCAUGGCUCGCAUUGCCUUUUGAAGAUAUUGCCUUGUCAAGGUUGAGGCGUCUCUUUGAGCUUCAAGGCUUCCCGACCUUAACAGUGAUUGGGCCUGACGGGAAAACUCUCAAAGACGAUGUUGUGGAGACAAUCGGGGAUCAUGGUCCGGAGGCAUAUCCUUUCACUCCUGAGAGGUUCAUACAAUUGGCAGAGAUCGAGAAAAAAAGGCUUGAGUCUAUGACCUUGGAGUCUCUCCUCAUGUCUGACGAUGGAGAUUUCAUCAUUGGGAAGGGUGGCAUAAAGGUGCCAAUCUCAGAGCUCGUUGGAAAGAACGUAUGCCUCUACUUCUCAGCAGAGUGGUGCCCCCCAUGCCGAGCAUUUUUACCAAAGUUGAUUGAAGCAUAUAAUGAGAUCAAGACAAAUGAUUCCAACUUUGAGAUCGUGUUUAUCUCCAGCGACCAAGACCAAGGGAAAUUUGACGAAUUCUUCUCAAGCAUGCCAUGGCUCGCCCUCCCAUUUGGUGACAAGGCCAAGGAGAAAUUAUCGCGUACAUUCAAGAUCAGGGGCAUCCCAUCACUAGUGGCCCUUGAUAAGAAGGGGAGGUUGGUCACAAAUGAUGCAAGAAACCUUAUAAUGAGGCAUGGCUCAAAGGCUUUCCCUUUCACUGAGGAGAGGCUCAAGGAGGUAGAACAAGAGCUUGAGGAAAUGGCAAAAGGGUGGCCUAAGGAGUUGAAGCUUGAGGUUCACUCCCAGCAUCCACUUAUGCUCAUCUCUCAAAGGUGGUAUACAUGCGAUGGGUGUAAUGAAGGGGGGAAUGGGUGGUCUUACUACUGCAAGGAGUGCGACUAUGAUCUUCACCCUAAGUGUGCUUUGAAGGAGAAGGACAAAAUUGUAGAUAGUGUGGACGAGGUUGAAAUGGAAAAAACAGAAGAAGAGGGCAAAAUCAUAGAUGGUGCAGAGGGUGAGAAUGGACAUGGAGAGGGGUGGGUUUGCGAUGGGGAGGCUUGUCGCAAAAGAGAGAGUAGCACAGUCGCUGGUAACGAAGAAAUGGCAGGAGUUGCAGAGGUCGCUGAUAAUGAUACCAUACAAAACGGCUUCUCUUUGGACAUCAAAUCGCUUCUGAGCGGUGAGGAGAGGGAUUUUCUCAUAAGAAGCAACGAUGAUCAGGUGAAGAUAGGCGAAUUGAAUGGGAAAGUGAUCGGGCUCUUUUUUUCGGCCUCUUGGAGCGGUCCUUGUAUGACUUUUACACCCGAAUUGAUUGCCAUAUACAAAGAGCUCGAAAUUGCAAUCAAGGGUGAUUUCGAGGUUGUGUUUGUAUCUUUGGACUCAGAGGAGAAGUCAUUUGAAGAAUAUUUCAGUAAAAUGCCGUGGCUUGCCAUUCCCUUUUCUGACUCCAAAACUAGAAGCAAGCUUGAAAAGGAUUUCAAAGUUUCAAGCAUUCCUCACCUCAUUAUUGUUGGAAAAGAUGGCAAAAUUUUGACAACAGGUGGGGUUGAUAUUGCAUCGAAUUAUGGGGUGGAUGGUUACCCAUUUUUGCCAGAGAGGUUGGAAGAGGUCAACGAAGAAGAUGAGGCAAUACGCCAAAACCAGAGCUUGAGGCCUCUUCUUGUGACAAACACCCGAGGCUUUGUUAUAUCGAAUGAUAACAAGCAGAUUCCAGUAUCAGAGCUGGAAGGGAAGACUAUAGGCUUCUAUUUUGCGGCAUAUGGGCACCCUUAUUGUCAAACAUUCACACCAGAGCUCAUUCGAGUCUAUGAAAAACUAAAAGAGAAUGGAGAGAACUUCGAGAUCGUUUUGGUUUCUUCUGAUUUGAAGCUAGAAUCAUUCAACAAGCAUUUCUCAAGCAUGCCAUGGUUUGCAUUGCCAUUCCAAGAUACUGCCUUGACGAGACUGACACGGAUCUUCCAGAUUCAAGGCUUCCCUACCCUACUUGUGGUUGGGCCAGAUGGGAAAACCCUAAAAGAUGACGCCGUGGGGGCAAUUGAAGAACAUGGGGUUGAAGCAUAUCCAUUUACUCCUGAGAGAUUCAUAGAGCUUGUGGAGAUAGAGAAGGAAAGGCUCAAGUCUCUGAACAUUGAGUCACUUCUCUUGACAGAGGAUCGGGAUUUUGUCAUUGACAAGAGCGGCAAUGAGGUGCCAAUAUCAGAUCUUGCGGGCAAGAACGUGUGCCUCUACUUUGCUGCCAAGUGGUGCCACCUAUGUCAUGAUUUUAUGCCAAAGCUGAUCCAUGUAUACAAUGAUAUCAAGGCACGCGACCCGAACUUUGAAAUUGUGUUCAUAUCAGGUGAUCAAGACGAGGCAUCCUUCAAUGACUUCUUAUGGGAUAUGCCAUGGCUUGCCCUACCAUAUGGUGACAUGGCAGUGGGAAAAUUGUUGCAAUUGUUUAAGAUUGCAAGUGUCCCAACAUUGGUGGUUGUAGGCAAAGAUGGGGGAUUGGUCUCAAGCAAUGCAAUAAAGCUUCUUUGGAAGCAUGGUCCAAGGUCUUACCCCUUCACUGAGAAGAGGCUAAAGGAGAUCAAAGAAGAGGUUCGAAAUUGGCCAAAACAUAUGAAUCUAUCUGUGCAUUCAGAGCAUCCACUUGUGUUUACCAAAGGAAGGUGGUAUAUAUGCGAUGGGUGCAACAAGGGGGGCUUUGGAUGGACAUACUAUUGCAAGAAAUGCGACUAUGAUCUUCACCCAGAAUGUGCUUUGGAGAAGAAAGAAGAGAGGGCAAAUGGCACAAGUUAAGGCUUUAAAUGGUAGGGGAGAGGGUAUAAAGAUAAAUUGUGUGGAUGAGGUGAAAAUGGUAAAUAGCUUGCAUGGUGAUAAUGACCUAAGUGACCAUGCUAAGCAAGAGGCGUUAGAACACAAAGGGGUGGAUUUGUGAUGGGGAGGCAUGUUACAUGGCUUGAUUUCUGUUGAGCCCAAGAUGACAAAAAGAAGGGUGGAUUGUGAGAUGGAGGCAGAUUUAUAUAUGGGAGGCUUGAUUUGUAAGCACUUUUAGGGACUUUUGGGAUGAAUUAUU